AUGGCGACCGUCCCCCCCAAAGUUCGCGUCGGUGUUGGCGUUUUCAUUCUUGCAACGUCAAAUGAGCCCGCCGAUAAUCCUCGCUUCCUCGUCGGCAAGCGCCUGAGAGCUCACGGCGAAGGGACCUGGGCGCUGCCGGGUGGUCAUUUGGAGUUUGGCGAGUCGAUCGAGGAAUGCGGCGUCCGCGAAGUCGACGAGGAAACCAGCCUCAAAGUCAAGAAUCCGCGAUACCUCACGUGCACCAACGACAUCAUGCUGGCAGACAACAAGCAUUACAUCACCUGCUUUGUGGUGUACGAGCGUGCCAACGAGACCCAGGAAGCUCAGCUGUGCGAACCAGACAAAGGCGAGGCUUGGGAAUGGUGGACUUGGUAG